AGCAAGUGUACAAUCCAAACGCACACGUUCCUGUGUUAAAAAUGGCUGUGUGUAUAAGUGGGUGCUGCAGACCGUUGGCUGGAACCGAACAGAAUCAGCAAGUGAGAAUGUCACCAGUACACCGAGGAUCACCAAUAUGGGUCCAAAAGUUUUAAUGAACGAUCACAUAGUUACAGCAAGGCAACAUUUCGGAGUCUCACAGGACUCCUUCUUCAGAUCAAAAGUGGGCCCUAGGCAUUGGUAAAAAUAAAAAUGCAACU